AUAGAAGGGGUUGAUUGCGAUUCGUCCUUAUGGCGCUGUACCCAACGGCCGAGUGCUAUACCGCGUUCUGCGAUUCUCAAGGUGUGGCCAAGCUCUUCCACGUGCCCGUGUUGCGUGAAGCGCUGAGCGGUUUCUCCACGAGUUCCGACUCCGGGUCAGAAAGCUCGAUGAACCUGGAAAGCCCCAAGACCGCGAUCAAAGUCGGUAGGCGUGAUGAGAAGAGCGAUGGAAAGGACAAGGAGGACAAGGAGGACACAUCGGAGAUUGGAGAGGACUGCCUGGUCCUGGGCACCAAGUCCUUUGAUGGCGCCAUGAGUGUCCUUGUCGCUGCCCUUCGUCGGAUCGUCCCAAACGGCACGCUGGCCGACGGUAAGCGCUCCGGCCGCGGCAAGCGGCCUUACCGGGCAGAGGUCCACAUGUCGGGCUACGACGCCAAAGAGCACGGCGACUUCGAUCUCUGCCAGCGGCUGAUCGGAGCAAAAGGUCGCAACGUGCGACCCUUCUGGGAAGGCACCCGCAGCCACGCCAACUUUGGAGGGGAGGGCAGCCUGCCGGUCGGCUUGAGGCCUUGCUGGAAAAGGAGUUCCAAGCUGCUGGAGGGCGCUUUGCGUCUGGAAGUCACUAGCCCCACGAUCGAGGAUUUGGUGGCGAGUGUGGAGAAUGGCCUUCCAUCCUUGGAGAGCAUGGACUACCAUUGGAGCCGUUUCCUUGGCAAGAAGCACCUCCCAUACGUCCCGCUGUUCACGGUCUACCUCUUCUACCAAGACAUCCCGAUUAGGUUCGUUGGGUUUCGCCCCCUGGCGCCGGAAGCACCUAGCCUUCACGGACUCAGGCCUCUUUGCUGAGUUGCUGCUCGGCGCAGGUGUGCAGAGUUUGUCGGCGCCAGGAUGAUCUCGGCUGCAACCUCAAGAGGCAAAGGUGUCUCAAGGUUGUCAGGACCCCAACUGUGCCACCAAAAACAUCCCAAAACGCAAGAUGGUAGAGACGUCGACUGGCCAGACCAAGUUACAGGGGCUCCGUGCCGAGGUUUCUUCGACAUGUGAUGCAUGGCAGAUCAGCACCUUUUCGAUUCCUGCCGCCAAGCCAGGAUUUGUCGCGAGAGG